GAUUGUUUUGCUUUGGUGAGUCAGUCACUGAAGGAUGCCAGGGAUGAUCGGUUGGCUUUGAUAGAUGUCCAAUCCUUUUGAACAAAAUGGAUUGGACAUCUAUCAUCAUUGGUUGCAAUUUAGAGGUCAAUUAAAGUUUUCUGGAAACGUUGGCCAGAAAAAUUCAUUUUUUGGGGAUUUUUGUUGUGAUGUCACCACAAACGGAAACGGGAAAACAACAAUAUCGCAACAUUCAUGUAGGAAGGGGUAUGGCGAUUGGCAACCCACUAAAUUGUUAGUAAGUUUCGUAAAUUUCCCAGUCUGGUCCCCAACAAUCUGGAGUUCAACCAAAAUCCUCUGUAAAAAUGGCCUCAAAUUCUUGUUGUUGCUCUGGGAAGUCUAACUUGGAAGUCCACCAAUUACAUACCAUUCAUUGAGGACAGCUCUCCGUGCAGCAGACUUCAGCCUAAAACUGACCAUACAGUUUGAAGGGAAUAGUGUCGUUUCCCAUAUUUACUGUUUGACAGUUUGUACAGUAUUACGCUAAUAAACCUAAUUAAAAAAAUAAAUAGCAUUUAAAUCAUAGUUUAAAACAACAAGUAGAACUUAUUUGAAGUAUGAGUAGUUGGACUUGGAUUGGAAUUUGCAGCGCCAAGACAACGGGCAGAUAAGGGCAUAACAACUACGGGAUGCCUGCUGACUACGGAAGCCCAACGCUCGCGUCAUGCAGCUGACUGAGCGAGAUUGACGCUGACGGAGCGAAACAAGCAGGUGAUGGCCAAGACAUCUACAAGCCCAAAUCUGGACCACCAAAUCCCACCAUCAGCUCUUCUGGGAGCCAACAAUGGACAGUCCAGAACAAUGGCGUGACAUCCUGUCUUGCCACAAGGAACGCCUGAUAACAAGAAGACUCCACGGCUGAGAAUUUUAACACUCUGCGCUCCUUUUGCCCUGAAGCUGACAAAAUCUCCAACUCUGGUUGCCCUGGUAACAGUGACGCACAGACUCCUCUGUCCAAUCUGCAGCAGACAAUUACAGACAAUUAUUCUUCUGACCCGAAGCUCACCCCAGAAAAGCCUUCAAAAGACUAAACUCUUUCGCUGGCACCGUUUUUUUUUUUCGGGACUCUUUUGUUGACUUGUGAUAUGGUGACCACGGAUCCAGCCUUCCUCUUCAUCUGGGUCUGUUUGCUGUUUUGCCUUGCUGUGGAUUUUGAAUAAAUUGUCACCUUGUUCUUCGAAGCCUUUUUCCAGCUUUUAAAAUGGAAUCAGUACAAGGGGUUAAAACCAAGGUGAACGUGCGGAGUUUGGCUUUUUGGCUGGGUUGUUGGUGUUAUGCCAGCCUGGGUCGUUGGAAUUGCACUAGCGCGGUUUCGGCUGUUUGGCUGGCAGGAUUCCGGCAAUCUGGCUAAAAGGUCAAAUUCCAACAAGUUCCUUAUUUUGGCUACCCAUUCGCAUACUAGAUUUUGUUGAACAAAAUAAUUCAUUAAAAGGGCAAUUAGUGUUUUUAUAGCGGGCAAUGCUUCAAUCAGGUGCUUCACGUUAUGGUUGGACUCAGCAAUCACUUUGUUGCUUGCCAUCCAUUCACAUGCUUUGGCUCUUGGCCCGUUUGGACCAGGUGCUGUAAAACCUUGAAGACUGAAAGGAUACGGGAGGGAUUACUGGGCUGUAAGUCAUGUGACGAGGGAUUAGUGGCUCCCAAGUCAUACAGUCAUGGGUUGGCCGGUCAGAAGCUCUUCAGAGUUCUCACUUUCCUUCUGGCAACCAUGCUGAGCAACUUCAACACCAGAGAUCUUUUCAAUCACUUCUUUUGCGAGACAGCCAAGGGCAAUCCCGGCUUGUGGUGUCCAGGAACACGAUGUCAGCAGACCAGCGUGGAUGGUCCACGCAAGGAGAGCGGUGAUGACCGACCGGCGGUGAAAAGUCCUCCGCAAUCCCCACUCUCACCACAGACAGACCUGGGCAAUAGCAGUCCUUCGCCGCCGCUCGGACUCAAUGGCGUUUGUGACAACCCGCCGACGAGGACCAAUGAGGCAGGCCUGGACAACCCUGCAUUCGAGGAGAGCACUGAGGAAGAUAGUGUGGUGGGGAUGGAGUGCAUCAUCCCCAGGGUGAAACGGCCCCUCAGUAACCCUUGCAUCCACCUUCUCCGCUCGGUCAGCUCCACUUCCUCUGGCUGGGAUUGCCCCGAAUCCCCGCCUCUUUCUGCAGAAGAAGGCUGCGUCAAGCUGCCAUCGCUUCCGGAAGGUGAGAUAACAGCAGUGGAGGUACACCGGGCAAACCCGUACGUGGAGUUGGGCAUCAGCAUCGUCGGUGGGAAUGAGACACCCCUUAUAAACAUCGUCAUCCAGGAAGUGUACCGGGACGGUGUGAUCGCACGGGACGGGAGGCUGCUAGCAGGGGACCAGAUACUCCAGGUGAACAACGUGGACAUCAGCAACGUGCCUCACAGUUUUGCACGCUUGACACUAGCGCGACCGUGCACCACUUUACAGCUUACGGUGCUCCGUGAGCGCCGCUGCGCAUCCCGGGCACCGCCCUCCGCCACACCGGCCAUCCCCAAGGCCCCCUGCUCCACCCCUGAGGGCAACCCGCCCAGUCCCGUGUCACUAAGGAUCACCUUGCACAAGCGCGAUUCGGCAGAACAGUUAGGCAUCAAACUGGUGCGACGGACUGACGAAUCCGGGGUCUUCGUGCUGGACCUGCUUGAUGGGGGGCUAGCGGCUAAAGAUGGACGGUUGCGAGGCAAUGACCGCGUUUUAGCCGUCAACGAGCAAGACCUACGUCACGGUACCCCCGAGCAGGCUGCUCAGAUCAUCCAGGCAAGUGGCGAACGAGUCCACCUGGUGAUUGGCCGACCCAACAAACAGACUCCGCCGCCCCCGCCGCCAAAAUCCAGUUCCACCAGAGAUCUCUACUGCCUUGAUCACUUCCUGCCUAACCACAGCACCAGCCCCAGCCCGGUGCCCUUACACUUGCCCCGCACUAGCACGCACCGGGACCUGUCUCAGUGCGUCACAUGCAAGGAGAAACACAUCACUGUGAAGAAGGAACCUCACGAGUCUCUGGGCAUGACGGUAGCGGGCGGGCGGGGAAGCAAGAGCGGAGAGCUGCCCAUUUUCGUGACCAGCGUCCAACCGCAUGGCUGCUUGUCCAGAGAUGGUCGAAUCAAACGAGGUGACGUCCUCCUGAGCAUCAACGGGCAGGACCUGACGUACCUUAGCCACAGCGAGGCCGUUGGCACUCUGAAGGCUAGCGCUGCCUCAGCUUCGGUACAGCUACGAGUGUUGGAAGUGAGCAUGACGGAGGAACGUGAACGUGACCGGCUUCUGCAUCACGCUCAUGAUAGUGACUUUGACGCUAACUGGUCUCCCUCCUGGGUCAUGUGGCUCGGACUCCCUAGUUACUUGCACAGCAGUCACGAGAUUGUACUAAGGAGGAGCCAUCCCGGCAGCUGGGGCUUCAGUAUCGUGGGGGGCUACGAGGAGAACCAUGGCAACCAAGCCUUCUUCAUCAAGACCAUCGUCCUCGGAACGCCAGCCUACUAUGAUGGCCGUCUCAAGUGCGGCGACAUGAUCGUGGCAGUCAACGGCUUGUCAACAGCGGGAAUGAGCCACUCUGCACUAGUCCCCAUGCUAAAGGAGCAACGUAGCCGGGUCGCGUUGACAGUCAUCUCCUGGCCCGGCAGCCUGAUUUAGCCGGUCUAGUCAGAACAGACCAACUGGUACAUGCUUCCUGUACAUUGCUCCACCGGGGUUAUAAUAGAGGACCAAAAAGACGACUGUGCCACACUACAGACUGCACUUCCAACACACUGCUGUACUCAUACAUCAACUUCACUCUUGUAGGUGGGGGAUAGACAAAAGUCCUGAGCUCCAUUCAAAUGGUUGUGCCGUUCCAAAAGUUGAACCCUUUCCCCACAUUCAACACCAGCGUUGGAUCCAGCUGUAUAAGCCCCUCCCCGAGGCCUCAUUUUAGCAAGCUGCCACAACCUGGGGCUCAUGCACUCAGGCCCCAUCACCAUGACAACCAGCUGCCCAAUCAGCUGUAAUUUUAUACAUGUGAACGUGUGUCCCGUUUGUUUUAAUAAAUAUUUCCUGCAAAUAUAAAUUGACCCGUAAAUGCCGUUUCUGCAGUACUGUGAAGGUUUUAUUAAACAAAAGAUGGAGGAUGACCAAACAAAUUAUAGAACAAAUGUAAACUUGAAUACAGGCAACCCAAUUACAGCCUCAAGAUUUAAGGUCCUCUAUUUGGGUUUUGCACAGCUUGGCAGAAAGUUUGUUGGUCUCAGCAGCAGCCUGCAGCUUUGCCUGUGCUGCGCUCCAUGCUGGCUUCUUUCUGGGACGCAAUUUCUAGAAUAUGGAGAAACAUUAAAGUAUUAAAUAAGACCAACUUUAAAUUAAUUCUGGAAUGCCAGUCUCA